AUGUCCUUAAUAUUAGCUGGUCCUAAAGUUUUAUCUAGCUUUAGAGUAGAUAACCUGAUGAAGGACUUCAACAAUUUUACGAACAGUAUCAAUUCCAUACUCGAGAUUCGUUCAUGUUUCGUGCACUAUGUUGACAUAGCCGAUGGACUCUCUUUGACCUCCGAAGAUUCCAAACUGCUGGAUGUUCUUUUGAAUUACGACACACCGCUGGACACCGAAAAUGACCCAUUGUCGAAAUUGCUCGUGGAUGCGGUCAACAAGAAUUGGACUGAUAAAGACCUUAACCUAAAAGAUACCUAUUUGGUAAGGGUUGUCCCAAGAUCCGGAACAAUCUCCCCUUGGUCAUCUAAGGCAACCAAUAUUGCUCAAGUUUGUGGGUUGGAGGACAAAGUUCAGAGAAUCGAGAGGGGUGUUGCACUUCUAAUAAAGACGAUUCCAUCUUUCCCAUUGCUGGAGAACUUGAAUGACGUUUCUUUGAAGUCUGUCUAUGACAGAAUGACCCAACAACUGUUUUUGAACAACCCUCCCAAUCUCAAGGACAUUUUUACACAUGCAAACCCCAAACCUUUAGUUCACAUACCACUGGUUUCUGCUUCCUCUACCGAUAAGAAACAGUCUCCAGAGGAUAUUCUAUCAGACGCCAAUUCUAAAUUAGGCCUUGCCCUAGACGUAGGCGAAAUGGAUUAUCUAAUUAAAGCUUUUGUUGAAGUCAUGCAUAGAGACCCCACAGACGUUGAACUGUUCAUGUUUGCACAAGUCAACUCCGAGCAUUGUCGUCACAAAAUUUUCAAUGCGGACUGGACGAUCGACGGCUUAAAGAAAGAUUUCACUCUGUUUCAAAUGAUCAGAAACACGCAUAAACUGUGCCCAGACUUCACUAUAUCUGCAUACUCCGACAAUGCUGCCGUCGUGGACAGUGAAAACAAAGCCUACUAUUUUGCUCCUGACCCAACAACCAAGAGAUGGACCGCUUCAGAAGAAUCUGUACCAUUGUUGAUCAAAGUCGAGACACAUAACCACCCCACUGCAGUUUCUCCAUUCCCAGGUGCUGCCACAGGAUCUGGUGGUGAAAUCAGGGAUGAGGGUGCCACAGGCAGAGGGUCUAAAACCAAAUGUGGUCUAAGUGGGUUUUCUGUAUCCGACUUGCUGAUUCCAGGUCAAAGACAGCCUUGGGAAUUAGAUGUCGGUAAACCAUCACAUAUUGCCUCAGCUUUGGACAUUAUGAUUGAGGCACCACUAGGGUCAGCCGCCUUUAACAACGAGUUCGGGAGACCUUGUAUCAAUGGGUACUUUAGGACAUUGACCACAAAGGUUCCAAACGCUGAUAACGAAGAAGAGAUUAGAGGGUUCCACAAACCAAUUAUGAUUGCUGGUGGGUUUGGUACCGUCAGACCACAAUUUGCCUUGAAGGAUAAACCUAUUACUGCAGGGUCUGCGAUUAUCGUUUUAGGUGGUCAAUCAAUGUUAAUUGGUCUAGGUGGUGGUGCUGCAUCUUCCAUUGCCUCUGGUGAAGGUUCCGCUGACCUCGAUUUUGCCUCUGUUCAGAGAGGCAACUCUGAAAUGGAACGUCGGUGCCAACAGGUUAUUGAUUCUUGUGUCGCGUUGGGAGACAAUAACCCAAUUCAAUCCAUUCAUGACGUCGGUGCCGGUGGGUUGUCCAAUGCCCUCCCUGAGCUGGUCCACGACAAUGAUUUGGGUGCUAAAUUUGAUAUCAGAAAAGUACUAUCUUUGGAAAAGGGAAUGUCCCCAAUGGAAAUUUGGUGUAACGAAUCGCAGGAACGUUAUGUUCUUGGUGUUAGCCAAACGGAUCUACAGAUAUUUGAAAAGAUAUGUGAAAGAGAAAGAGCACCAUUUGCCGUAGUUGGCCAUGCCACCGCUGAACAGAGAUUGAUUGUGGAAGAUCCACUAUUGAAGGGGACCCCCAUUGACCUGGAAAUGUCGAUUUUAUUUGGUAAGCCUCCAAAAAUGUUUAGGGAGGCCAUCACAGAGCCAUUAUCCCUACAUAGUGCUGAUUUAUCUGUUAUCCCGUCUUUGGAAGACGCAGUUGACAGAGUUUUGAACUUACCUUCCGUUGCUUCCAAGUCGUUCUUGAUCACUAUCGGUGAUAGAACAGUCACCGGGUUAAUUGACAGGGAUCAAUUUGUCGGACCAUGGCAAGUACCCGUUGCCGACGUUGGUGUCACAGCCACAUCGUUAGGUGACAAAGUAAUCAAGACAGGUGAAGCCCUUGCUAUGGGCGAAAGGCCAACGAACGCAUUGAUUUCUGCCGCCGCCUCUGCGAAACUCGCUGUUUCUGAAUCUCUACUGAACCUAUUGGCUUCUGAUGUGAAGUCAUUGACUCACGUGAAGUUGUCUGCUAAUUGGAUGUCUCCAGCUUCGCACAAGGGUGAAGGGUCAAAGUUGUACGAAGCCGUGCAAGCUAUUGGUUUAGACCUAUGUCCCGCUAUCGGUGUUUCUAUCCCAGUUGGGAAGGACUCUAUGUCUAUGAAGAUGAAGUGGGAUGAUAAGGAAGUUACCGCACCACUUUCAUUGAAUGUGACGGCGUUUGGUCCAGUUAACGAUACCUCCAACACAUGGACCCCACAGUUAACCAAAGUGGACAAUUCUGUUUUGGUAUUGGUGGACGUUGCCGCUUUACAAUCUGAGAAGGCGAUGGGUGCCUCGGCGUUGCUACAGGUUUACAAUCAAAUCGGUAAUGUUUCCCCCACUGUGUAUGACAACACCGUUUUCAAGGGUUUGUUGGAGAGUAUUUUGGAAUUGCACAAGACAGACCUUGUUCUUUCGUACCACGACAGAUCUGAUGGUGGUCUUUUGGUUACUUUGUUUGAGAUGGCGUUUGCUUCUAGGAGUGGUUUGAAUAUUACGCUUUCCGGCACUGAGGACCCUCUGGUUCAACUGUUUAAUGAGGAGCUUGGUUGUGUCUUCCAAGUUGAGGAAUCGAAGCUUGGUGAUUUCUACUCUGUGUUUGCCGACCACGGUAUCUCCCAAGAAUACAUUAGUGUCGUUGGUAAGCCUAAUUUCAAAAGCCAAGAAAUUGUCAUUACCGGUAGUGAUGCUAAGACUUUAUUCAGCGGCAAGAGAUCUUCUCUACAACAGAAAUGGAGUUCUACCUCUUACGCUAUUCAGAAAUUGAGGGACAACCCUCGUACUGCUGAUGAAGAAUUCGCUGCGAUCAAUGAUGACAAUGACCCAGGUAUCCACUACUCGUUGACUUACAACCCUCGUGACGAUUUGGGUGUGCGUGCAGAACUAUCUGAUGUGAGACCUCGCGUUGCUAUUCUAAGGGAACAAGGUGUCAAUGGGCAGAUGGAAAUGGGGUGGUGUUUUGAACAGGCCGGGUUCACCGCGAUUGAUGUCACGAUGACCGAUCUACUGGAGGGCAGGUUCCACUUAAAGGAUUUUGUUGGUCUUGCCGCAUGUGGUGGGUUUUCGUACGGUGACGUGUUGGGUGCUGGUGCCGGUUGGGCCAAAUCUGUGCUGUACCACGCUGAUGUUCGUGAACAAUUUGUGGACUUCUUCCAAAGGAGAGAGGAUACAUUUGCCUUUGGCGCUUGUAACGGUUGUCAAUUCCUGAGCAGGUUAAAGGAUAUCAUCCCCGGGUGUUCGAACUGGCCCUCCUUCGAGCGGAAUGUAAGCGAGCAGUACGAGGCGCGUGUGUGCAUGGUUGAGGUUGUCAGUGAAUCCAGUAUUUUCUUGACUGGGAUGCGUGGUUCGCAACUGCCUAUUGCGGUUGCUCACGGUGAAGGUAACGCAACUUUUAACAGUGGUGAGCAAUUGACAUCCUUUGAGACGGAGAACUUGAGCAGUGUCAGGUACCUGGACAACUACGGGAACGUGACGACGACUUUUCCCUUCAAUCCUAACGGUUCUGCGAACGGUAUUGCUGGGAUCCAAUCUCCCAACGGGAGGGUUCUUGCGAUGAUGCCGCACCCUGAAAGAGUAUGUCGGUUGGAGGCGAACUCGUGGUACCCAAGCGAGAAGUACGCGGAGUGGGGCGGGUACGGUCCCUGGAUCAGACUGUUCAAGUCUGCGAGAAAGUGGGUUGGUUAA